AAGGGGGGGGUUAUCAACUGAUGCUAAGCGGAAGUUAAUCUUACAGUGAGGCGAGUGGUGACCCGACCAUGGCGUCCUUGCUGGACUACGAAGUAGGAACAGCUAGAAAACAUGUUCAUUGGCGAACAUUUAUGGUCCUCUUUAGCGUCUUUGUAUUUCUGAAGGCGCCACAGACAGUCCUUGCCAAGAAGGAUAGUCUCAAAGAGGUAACAGACGGAAACUGGGAAGACAUACUGACCGGAGAAUGGAUGAUAGAAUUCUUUGCCCCAUGGUGCCCUGCAUGUCGACAACUGCAGCCUGUGUGGGGGGAGUUCGCAGAGUGGGGGGAGGAUUUGGGCGUCAACAUCGCCAAGGUGGAUGUCACCGAGCAGCCAGGACUAAGUGGCAGAUUUAUCAUCACCUCCCUUCCUACCAUCUACCACUGUAAAGAUGGUGUGUUUCGGCGGUACCAGGGACCACGCACCAAAGAGGACUUCCUUAGCUUCAUUGAUGAAAAGAAAUGGCAGACUAUCGAACCAGUGUCCUCAUGGUUCGGUCCAUCCUCCUUUUUGAUGAACUCCAUGUCUGCACUCUUCAAGCUCUCCAUGUUCAUACGGCAUUGCCACAACUAUCUGACCGAGCAGUUGGGCAUCCCUGUGUGGGGGUCCUAUGUGAUCUUUGCCCUGGCCACUCUCUUCUCUGGUCUAGUCCUGGGACUGAUACUGGUGUUCAUCGCUGACUUUGUCUUCCCAUCUAGAAGAUUCCAAAGUAACUACUACCAAAGUAGAAAGCAGCUGUCUGAGGCGCGUCUGAGGCAGCAGCUGGAGGACGAGCAGAUGGCCGACGGCGAGGAAGACGACGAAGAGGAGGAGGACGAGGAGGACGAGAACGGCUCGCGGGAGGACCUGUGGCGCAAGGGCCGCCGCUCGCCCGAGGGCCUCCCUGAAACGUUCGGCGAUGAGGCGCUCAGGAGGAGGGUGCUGGCCGCCCGGCAGGAGGAGGAGGAGGACACCUAGAGGAGGAGGCGCCCGGCGGCAGAGCUGUAAACACGUGCCUCGCCAUGGCAACUCCAAUCAGCAGCUUUCUUUUUUGGGGGGAGGGGGGGGGGGGGGCUGAAGAGGUGGAAUCUAAAGCCCUUGAAAGUAAAAACACCACCGAUGCCACCGAUCGCUAUGCCAAGGAGAAGCGCUGACGCAGACGCGAAAAAGAGCUGAAGCAGAGUUUACAGACGCAGAGCCGGCACGGAGGCCCUGGCAAACUCCAACACCUUGCUUUCUCUGAACUUCUCCCUUUGUAUCUCCAUCUCUCUUGCUCUCUUUUUCUCUCACUCACCCUCUCUUUUGUUCUUUCUUUCUUUCUCUCUUUCUUGUUCUUUCACUCUUGCUGUCUCUCGUUGCCAUUCCCACACCAGGAGCCGUGCUGGACUCUACCGACAUUUCACGCAAAACACAUCCUCUUUCAACACUGUCAACACUUCAAGCAUUGUUUAUUAUUAUUUUUUUCCUGUCUUUUAUUUUUUUAUAUGAAUGAGUAAAGAUCAGUGUGUUGGCCCAGGUUGGGGUUUUAUUUUACUAUUACAAUACUGUAUGCAUCUCAUACCCAAGUGUUACCAUUGAUGGACCGCCAGAUUCCCCUAUGCAUCACUUUAGACUUCGCCUGUGUCUCUGUAGAACCUUGCCAUUCCAGAUACUCUCUACACCUCUGAACACAUUGAACAACCUCACUUGUACAUGUGUUUUGUAUGCACAGACACACAUACUUUUUCUGUCUUUUUUUUGCCCAGCAUUUGUACAAAGCGUCACCCUCUUUCUAGGUGUGUGUGUGUGUGUGUGUGUGUGUGUGUGUACGGUUAUCUGUUUGAAUGUGUGUGUGGGCUUGCAUUGCAGUACACAGCAGACAUUUUUAAACUUGCAUUGGAUGAAACAAAGGGUUAAUGAUUAUUGCACUGUGCCCUACACCCAACAGAGGGACGCCAGUAAGUGCCACCUGUUCACAGAGGUUGGCUACCACUGGUCAAAAAAGGGUCGGGCUUCAUAACCUUUAACUUUUUUAACCCUGUAACUCCUCUAACUGGAGCUCAAUGGGAGACAUCUGCUUGUUCUGACGGCAGGUGAAGAAUGCAGAGAGAGCUACGCUACUCUGUCUAAACUUAAUCUGGGGCCUGUAGUGUCCAUUAGUGGACCUUAACCAGACUUGUUGCUGCCUAAUGUUUUUGUAUUUAUUCAUGCUACUUGCAUGUUGUUUCUUAUCCCAUUUUUCGGAAUCCUUGAAAACGCACAUGCACAAAUGCUUAGAAGCACCUCAUGCCACAAUACUUCAAUGUUAGUCUGGCUCCGGUUUCUAAGAUUUAAAUGCUUAUACCAACACCGAUUUAAAUAGUAACAAAAUGGUUCUUAUUUGACCAGUCUCAAAAGCAAGUGUGUGUGUGUGUGUGUGUGUGUGUGUGUGUGUUUUGUGCAGAAUUCCUUCAGAAACAGUGUUUGUCACAGAACUAGCAAAAAAAAAACCCUGAUGUUUGAGCUUUUUUGAAUGUAUUGCUUGUAAACCAUAAAGAGUUUUUUUUUGCCACUUUA